UCUUCUUUCCCGCUCUGUAGCCGUUGGAUUGAAAUCUUAAACAAAGGUUCGUACACGUGGCAUCAACCUUUGCGGUUCAGUAAAGUUCCAACGAUUUUCGUCUCUCAGUUGGGGAGAUAAAACGCUUCAACCAGAAUCCAUCUAUCGAACUCUAACUCACGCAAAUCUCAGAACAAAAAAAGGGCACCAAAAUUUCAAAACCUUUCUACUUUCAUACCAGUCACGCAAGGAUUGUGUUCUGUGGAUUUAUUGUUCUGUGCUCUCUGCAAUCUGCAUUGCAUUGUUCCCCCCAGUUCCCCCCAUCACUCCCUCUUCCUCUUUUGAAAAAUAAAAGCGGAAAAAGAAAAAAAAAAAGUAAUAUAGAGGGAGGGACCGAGGGAGGAAAACAAGAACCCAGAUCUCUCUCUCUCUCUCUCUCUCGCUCUCUCUUGAGUCUCGGUUACUGCUAUAAUUUUAUUUGCAAACCAAGAUCCGAGACUUGUUAUCGUCAAAGAAGAGCAACAAAACAAGUGUAAGUGCUGCAGGAGGGGGGAUGCUAAGCAAUCCCCAACGACAACUUCAAUAAACAAAAAAGGAAAAAUCAUGAUGUUCCUUACCAGAUGGGCUUCCGAUCUCGACUGGCGUCUUCUCCUCUUAACCCUGCCUCCUCUCUCUCUCCUUGCUUUCCUCUGUCUAUCCGCCGUUACUACCACCGCCACCCCCAACUCCUUUUACUCUUUCGCCCCUCUCAAAUCCUUCUUUUCCCACCGUAUCCCUUCCGGCUCCGACAACUCCACCUCUCCAUCCAUUCCACCUCUCCCUGCUCGCAACAAUGAACCGAUGGCGGAGGAUCUUCUGAAGAAAGAGGAAGAAUUGAAACGCUCUAGAAUUGCGAUCUGUCUGGUGGGUGGGGCCAGGAGGUUCGAGCUCACGGGACCCUCUAUCGUCAAUAACCUCCUCAAGGUUUACCCCAAUUCCGAUCUUUUCCUGCACAGUCCCUUGGACCGCGAUUCCUUCAAGUUCUCCCUCCUCAAGGUCGCGCCCAGGCUCGCUUCGGUUCGAAUCUUCGAACCCAAGCCCCUCCAAGAGACCGACUCACAAGUUCGCGUACUCACUGCUCACAACUCUCCCAGUGGGAUCCAGGGUCUGCUACAGUACUUCAACCUUGUAGAGGGAUGCCUAACGAUGAUCAAAGCUUAUCAAACGCAAAACAACUUCACAUAUGACUGGAUCGUCCGUACCCGGGUUGAUGGCUACUGGUCCGCUCCGCUCCACCCUGAUAACUUUAUACCCGGUCGAUACCUGGUCCCUUCUGGCUCUGGCUACAGUGGUCUCAACGACCGUCUCGGCAUUGGAGACCUCAACACCUCCGCAAUUGCUCUCUCCCGUCUCUCCCUCAUCUCCCACCUCGAUUCCGCCGGCUUCCGCCAACUCAACUCCGAGGCCGCCUUUAAGGCCCAACUCACUACCCAACGCGUCCCCUACUUAACCAAUCGCUUACCCUUUUGCAUUGUCAGCGACCGCAAAUACGCCUUCCCGCCCAUGCGCUACGGCGUUCCUGUUGCCUCGCUCUCCAGUCCGGGCCCGCUCAGUGGGACCAAAUGCAGGCCAUGCACGCCGGUCUGUUCCGGCCCUUGCGUCGCCGACGUUGUGGCCACUCUCUAUAAGGGCUGGAGCUGGACCGAUUGGUCUAACGGGAGUCUUCAGCUAUGUGACGCGCACGCCGAGUGGGAGCCCGGGUGGGAGAAGAUCUUCGACCGAGUGGCUGGUAAGAAACUCGCCGCAGUUAGAAGGAGAGUUGGAUCGUUAAACUUGGCGGACUGCGUCAGUGAUUUUGAAGAGAUGAAGAGACGGACCGUAAAUUGGGAAGCUCCACCAGCGACGGAAAUUUGUAGAGUAGGUGGCCGGAGUAGCAAAUAAGCAAAAGCGGCUCAAGAUGUAGUGCGUAAGUAUAAUACACAGAGAGAGACCGAGACAAAGAGGAGCAAGGCAUUUUUUAGGGUAUGUAGAAAAAGUUUUGCUUUGAAUUCUCCGAAAAAGAAAAAUUUACACUUGUAUUAAAAGAAGAAAAUUUUACACUUGGAUCUUUCAGUGGUAGAAGUAGAAUAUAUUGAAAUUUA